AUGGAUGCACUUCUCAUUGAUACACUACUUCACCAACAACAGAUUGGUAACAGAAUUAAUGGGCAAUGGACUUCUUCAUCUUAUGAUAUCAUGGUCAAGGAAUUGCGUGAUAAGCUUGAACUUCCAAUAAAAAAGGAGCAUUUGGAGAAUCGACAAAAAACUCUCAAGAAGAAUUUUAAUGAUGCACAUGAUAUGUUUAAGAAUUCAAGUGGCUUUGGAUGGGAUUCAAAGAGCAAACUUUUUCAAGCAGAACCUGAAGUUUGGCAAGCCUUGAUUGAGGCUAAACCUGAAGCUAAAAAAUGGAUGACUACUCCCAUUUCUUUCUAUGAUAAACUCAUGGACAUUUAUGCUAAGGAUAGAGCAAAUGGAGAAGGAUCCCUAACAGCAAAAGAGAGAGCACGUCAAAGGAGCAACGCCGAAAAAGAUUCCCCUCCAAACAAUAUUGAAUUCAUUGAUGAACUAGUAGGCCUAAACAAAAUAACAUUAGAGAAUUUUGGUUCUGAUGCUUAUGGACUACCAACAUUAGCAUCUUCAAGUUCUUCCAAAAGUGAGAUCAAGGUUGAGAGUUCAUCUAAAGGUAAAAAAAGAAAAGGGAGUCCAGAAGGUGACUAUGAGGUCCAAGUUUUGAAAGAAGGACUUGAUAGUGUCGCUGACGCUAUAAGAGAAGGUAAUUCUAUUUUAAAGCAAAUUCGUCCACGUGUUUACUCAAGUGAUGAAAUAUUUGAUGAAAUUGUGAAAUUGGGAGUUGAAGACAACAAGCAAUUUAAAGCUUAUAGGUUUUUAAAUGCUAAGGAUACAAGAGUGAGAGAAUUUUUUGGUUGUCCUCAAAGAAUUCGAAGAGCUUUUCUUGAUCAAAUGAUGGAGGAGGAUGGUUCUUCCAAGUGA